UUCUGGAAGUCACCGAGUGCGUUGUGCCGCGGUCGCGCCGCAGUCGCGCGCCCCUCAGAGUGGGCCCCGUGUACGUGCGGAAUCAGCGGGCGCUCGUGGAGGCGGAUAGGGGCGGGGCCGCCUGCGUCUGUGGUGACGUCGCCGUCGGCCGAGGAGAGAUAAAGCGUGAGAACAAUCACACUUUCAUCUAAACACACAAAAAACCACGCUUGGAUUGCGUUGACCACCGCUGUGUAUCGCGCGAUUGACGAGACGAGCAUGUCAUCCGUGGGGCAGAAGGAGAAGGCUGCCCUCAGGCAGUGCGUUCAGGCCCGGGCCCAGCUGGAGGAGGCUAUCGUCGGGGUCAUCAAGGCUGAAGUUCAGCUCAGGAGCAACUCCAGGGAGGUGAAGUCUCAGCUGCACAGCUGCAUCAGCAGACACCUGGAGAUCCUCCGCUCUCGUGAGGUCUGGCUGCUGGAGCAGAUUGAUCUGGUGGAGCAGCUCAAAGGAGAGACUUUACAUCAGCAGCUACAGCAGCUUCAUUUGCUCAAAGGCCAGUUUGACAUCCUUAUUCAUCAGCUGGAGUAUUCCAGUAGUAACAAUCUAGCCACCCAGCUCACCAACUGCCUGGAAAAGCUUUCUUCCCUCAAUCUGACUCCUGACGAAAGCCCAGAGAUGAGUUUCCAAGCAGAUGCACGCAGCUUGCGCCAGGCUAUCACAUCCUUUGGGACCAUUUCUUCUCAGCACAUGGAGACCUUGAACUCUUCUGAGAGACCAUGGCUUCUCCAGGACUGCCCAGUUUCUUGCAAGAAACAGAAAUUAGAUCCUGAAUGGGCCACACCUCUGGCCGAGUGGCUCAUAGGGAAUCGUUCAGUAAGCAGCGCUCCUGUAGGACACCACCUCAGCACGAACCUCCAGGACUGGCUGCUUGUUUCCAAGGAAUCUCAGGAAGAGAGACAAUUACCCGCCUUUGACUUCCAAAAAGCCUGGGGCCAGCUUCAAGACCUGGAGACUUGGCUUCUUAAGGAGAAAUUGCCAGUUCGUGAGCGAACCUGCAGCGGAAGCUCAAUCUUCUCGAUUGAGAUGAUUGAGGAAAGCGACCUAAAUCUGGAUGAGGUUGAAGUGGAAAACCAGCAGGACAAAUGGGAUGACGCUGUUGAGGAAGAAGAACUCAGCAAGUGGCUCUUCAGCCCGAGCCCGGUCAAGCAAGAUAAAACCAGCCCGGUGUCAGAUGCUGACCGCUUCAAGCAAAUCAUCAAACCCUUUUACGAGAGCUUCUCCUCCAGCGAAUGGCUAUCCAAAUCAGACUGCAGCUCUUGCUGUGCCACACGCACCACUGCCGUGGAAAUCGAGAACCUCGGAAAGCUCAAGUGCCUAAAAACUCCACCCUCAUCCGCUGCCAGCACUCCAGAACCCAUCGAGAUGUGGCUUCACAAGACCAUCCCUAUCGAGACCACCUGCAAAGCCAACGAGACCUGUGCCAGCUACUCUGAGUGCGUCUGUGAUGACAACUGUGGAAAAGAGGCCCUUAGUGCUUGGCUCCUCAAGAAAGAGGGCCGAGAUAAGAAUGGCGUUCCUGUCAGCAAGAGCGCCGCAAACAAAGCCUCCAGCCACCAGCAGGAGCAGCAGCAGAAGGUUCAAGCCAUCCUAGAGGCCUGGCUACACCCGAGCAACAGUGCCAAGUCCCCUGCCCUGUCAUCCCUCUCGGCCUGGGUGACCCCGUGCAUCAAAACCUCAGACUCUGAGACCUCUGUCCAGGAGCCUUUGCAGAACUGGCUUUCGCCAGCGAUGAAGCACAUAAGCACAACCACUGAGAAGACAAAGAGCGAGAACGUCAAAGAGCAAGACAGCAAAGACAUCGAGGAGGACAAAUGGCUUCUACGUAAACGGGCCAGCACACAGGAAAGGCUAGGCCUACCCACAGUAUGUGACCUGUUUUCCUGUAUGAAGCUCAACGGAGACAAAGAGAAGUGGCUACAUCAAGCAGCUACGCUGAUAUGAAUGCAACCAUCGGCUUUUGGAGGUUGAUUCUAGCGCCAUGUAAUUGCUGAUUAUUGCACAAUAUUAUUUUUCUUUAGUGCUCUUUAGGAAUUAAUUCUCUCUGUAACCUUCUGGAGAUUGUAUGUGUGAUUUUGAACUAAAAGUCCUGUCCAGGAGGCAAGGCUUUGGUGAACAUCGCUUGAGGAAGUGUUCAUGCAGGGGAAUUGCUGUCAUUUUGCCCUUUUAGUGGCUCAACGCAGUUGAAUUCCAGUAAAUGUGGUGGAGGCCAACGUUUUUAUAUAAGAAUUCAGUGAUUUCGAAAUCAUGAGGAAAUGGAUCAGAUUGGUGCAUACAAAACGUUUUUUUUUUCUUACAGAGGCAUACUUUAAAAUUAAAAAAUAAAUCUAUAUUAAUUUCACGCAUAGACACAGCUUUUGCUCUAAAUCAGAGAAUGAUUUCCUCCGUCAUCAGUUCUGUGAAUAUAUAUUUAUAUUUAUAUAGAUUUUACUAUUUUCUCAAGUAUAGAAUGAGCUUCCUUUGCUGUUUUUAUUACUUUUAUUUCGAUGAUUAUUACUUUUUAGUGGCAUGUAAAAUGUCAGCCAAACAUAGCAUAACUUGUGUUAUUGGAACCUCCAGAAAUCCGAUAACUCGUGCCUGACAUCGAAUGUGUAGCAAUGCUGGCCGUCGGUCCACCUCCGGUACGUGUGGAAAUCAAUCCACCAAAGUUCACCGUUUCUGCUGUGUCAGGGGCCGCAGCAGAUGUUUGUCACGUGCUGUUUGUGUUAGGCUCAGAGUUGUGGUAAAUGUUUAGCAUAGAAUCACUAUAUAGUUCUUUUUCAAUUGAAAUGCUCGCAUUAAGUACUGGUACUGCUUGAUGCCUCUCACCCUGUCAACAUAUGAAAGAUUUCUACUUGGCCGCCGAUGAAACUGGUUCACAAAUUAAACUGCUUCUUUUAGGCAAAAUUCAGUUUUCAUGAAUAUUAACAGUGCAGAAACCUUUUAUUUUUUUUCUGUCAGCAUGUGCCAGUGUUGGACUGCAGUAUUGCACACGUACACAUGUAGGUUAAUUGCUUACAUGAUCUCUAAUGCUUUGAUCCUGUCAACCGAAUAAAUAAAAAUACACAAGUCA